AUGGCCGACCCGAUGCCAGUGAGAGCUGAAUCAAGUUUUUCAUCGUUAAGCGAAGAUGUGGAGAUGAAAUCAAACGAAGAAGUUGCCACUGAAAUGGCCGUUGGCUUUAGUAAAUUUCUAAACUUGAAUGUUGCAAAAGAGGAGCUGAAGUUUAAUGACAGUGUGGAGAUGAUGCUUACCAAGCUGGAUGAGUUUUUCUCUUUGGUUGACAUGAUUCGAAGUGAUACAACCCUUUGUUUAUCAACGACGCUUCCAGAUAUCCAAGCAAAGUGUGCAGAGAUGGAAAUUAUUUUUGAGAAAAUAGACAAAUUAGAGGAGUUUGUAGACGUUGUCAAAGAAUGUGUAGCUGCCACUGAAGAGAAAGUAGCCAAGGCAGAAAGUGACCUGGGGACAGUCGGUGGACUCGUAAAGAAACUCACUUCCUUCGUCUCUAAGAAGAAGUCACCUAUACAAUCUGGCAGUAGGGGAAAGAAAAAUGAGUUCAUCCCACCCAAGAUAUUUUCCACAGAGGAAUUUUUCGACCAUGCAGACCCGGAGCAGUUAGUUGCU